AUGCUUGACAAGAAGCGAUGGGAAAGCAGACGCCUUGUAUACAAACAGAUGCAACAUGAAGCCCUAGCCACUCGUCGUGCAACCUCACUGCAAGGUUUUCUCGCCUCCAAAAGAUGGGAAAGAGACAAUUGGAUAUGGAGAACUCACAAGCCUGCUCUUUAUGACGACCGAGUUGACCACCACUGUACAGCCUGUGACAAGAACCGCUUCCUGAAAGGCUGGUGGAAAGAAAAGAAUCCCGCACACGACACAGACACCCAUCCAGACAAGGACCGCUACAUGUGCAAUGCCUGCUUCGCCAACAACUGGGACCUGAUGGUGCCGAUAGCCUACUCUAGUAAAUUGAUUCCGAUAUUCACCUCGCCGGAAUAUCCUCCGCUCAGUAAAAAUCAACGCCCCAAAGCCGAGCAAACGACAGACGAGGCCAAGAAUGAGCGCGAAGAGGACGACAAGGACAGGCAUGCCUGA